AUGAGGAGAUUAAAAGGGAGGAGUUUAACUGAAAAACAAAGAGAAAUGUGGGUGAAGCAAAAGGAUGUCAACGCGUUCAAAGAGUUACGAGACAGUCAAGCGAUCCAGCAAGGCGUCUUAAUAGGCGUUUUGAAUCAAUUUUAUGACGUUGUUAUCAAAGUGCCGAAAAAGAAGUCGAAAGUGUCUUUGACGUUCUUAACGGUCUCGUCCGUCAAAGAUGACCUUCGGGAGAUUUCUAUUGAAGAGAAAGUCGAGCGGUCGGUCGAGGAAAUGAAACAAACAGAUAUUAAUAGUGGAGUGAGCACUAAAACGGCUUUAAGACGACAAGAGGUGAAUCGAAUCUCUGAACAACUCGACUCGUUAAUCCAAUUGUGCGAGGAGAACGGAAUUAAAAUCUCUAAAGCAAAUAUUCAAACCAAAAAUUCUAAGGACAAAAUUGUGUCCGUGACCGUCGACGAUAUUGUGUUGGACGCAAAUUAUAUCAAGAACUGCGGAAGAGUCAUUAACGAAUUAAUCACUCGAGAAAGGCUCGACGAGAAAAAGGGGAAGUUCAUAGUGAUCAAAAAACACGACUUGGAAAUCAUGGCAAAACUGCUUGUUGUUGACUGA